AUGGCAGAAAUUUUAAAUAUUCAGCGACCAAUCAUAUUUGAUGACUCUAUAGCUCAUUGUGAGGUGCAUGCGCAUCAACCGUAUGCAUCAGCAACACUAAAUAACAACGAUGAAGUGAGGAUAACAAUUCAAAAUCAAAAUUUGUGUAUACUUCCAAGCAAAAGUGUACUACACAUCAUCGGUAAAUUCACGAAAAAUGAUAAUACAGCUGUUGCCAAUACAACUAACUUUGUGAACAUGGGAAUAACUCAUAUGAUCAAAGAGUUCCGACUAUUGAUAAAUGGAGUAGAAGUGGAUCGGAAUAACAAUGUUGGUAUAACUAUUUUAAUGAAAGGAUAUCUAUCAUUUAGCCCAAAUCAAUUGAGUACUUUGGAAAAUGCUGGCUGGUUGAUGAAUAAUGAGGUUAAGUUUACCGAUGAUGCAGGAAACUUUGACUUUAUAAUUCCACUUAAUGUUUUAAGUGGUUUUGCUGAAGAUUAUCUUAAAGUUUUGAUGAAUGUUCAACUUGAAAUAAUUCUAACGAUAUCAAACAGUGAUAUAAAUUCUUACAUACAAACAAAUGCUGAUGCUGCUGCUGAAGAAGUAAAAAUCACACUUCAAAAAAUUGAAUGGAUUGUACCGUAUAUAACUCCAGCAGAUAAAGAAAAAAUUCAAACUCUGAAUUACAUCGCCAGUGAUCCUGCUAUACCAAUAAGUUUUCGGACUUGGGAAUUGUAUGAGUAUCCUCUGUUACCUGCAACUUCAAAACAUAUUAGGGCAGUCAAAACCUCAACUCAGCUCGAAAAGCCACGUUACGUUGUUCUUGGAUUCCAAACAGCAAGGAAAAAUGAUGCUCGGAAAGAUGCUAGCAAAUUUGAUCACUGCAAUUUACGAAACGUCAAAUUAUUUUUAAAUUCACAAAGUUAUCCUUAUGGUGACUUGAAUUUAGAUAUACCUCAUAACCAGUAUGCUUUAUUAUACCAUAUGUACACAGAUUUUCAAACAUCAUACUAUAACAAAGAAGCCGAACCACUGCUAUCGAAAAAGAAAUUUUUGGAUCAAGCACCACUGUGUGUAAUUGAUUGCUCCAAGCAGAACGAAGCUAUAAAAUCUGGACCAGUUGACAUUCGAUUGGAAUUUGAAUCAGUUGAUCGGUUUGCAGCCAACACAACAGCAUACUGUUUAAUUAUUCACGAUCGUAUCAUUGAAUACAAUCCUAUAAGCAGCACUGUCCGUAAGUUAGUAUAA